AUGAUUACAAUAUUACAGAAUUACAAGAUUACAGGAAUUACAAGAUUACAAAAAUCACAAGAUCACAAGAAUUAUAAGAUAACAAGAAUUACAAGAUUACAUGGAUUACAAGAUUACAGCAAUUACAAGAUUACAGAAUUACAAGAUUACAUGGAUUACAAGAUUACAUUACAAGAUUACAGAUUACAAGAUUACAGCAAUUACAAGAUUACAGCAAUUACAAGAUUACAUGGAUUACAAGAUUACAUGGAUUACAAGAUUACAUUACAAUUACAAGAUUACAACAAUUACAAGAUUACAUGGAUUACAAGAUUACAACAAUUACAAGAUUACAACAAUUACAAGAUUACAACAAUUACAAGAUUACAACAAUUACAUGAUUACAGCAAUUACAAGAUUACAACAAUUACAAGAUUACAACAAUUACAAGAUUACAACAAUUACAAGAUUACAACAAUUACAAGAUUACAACGAUUACAAGAUUACAGCAAUUACAAGAUUACAUGGAUUACAAGAUUACAGCAAUUACAAAAUUACAGCAAUUACAAGAUUACAACAAUUACAAGAUUACAUGGAUUACAAGAUUACAUGGAUUACAAGAUUACAGCAAUUACAAGAUUACAGCAAUUACAAGAUUACAUGGAUUACAAGAUUACAAAUCCUUGUAAUCUUGUAAUCGCUGUAAUCUUGUAA